AUGACACGGUUUCGUCCCUGCAUUGACCUCCAUGCAGGUCAGGUAAAACAAAUUGUUGGCGGCACUCUGACCGCCGAGCCUGGGGAGCUAAAAACGAAUUACGUUUCUGCGCUUCCGGCGGGGCACUUCGCAAAGCUCUACAAGGACCAUGGCUUAACGGGCGGGCAUGUGGUCAUGCUGGGGCCUGGGAAUGAUGAUGCGGCGAGGGAAGCGCUAGCUGCGUGGCCGGGAGGGCUACAUGUCGCCGGGGGUAUCACAGAUAAAAACGCACAGUACUGGAUAGAUGCUGGAGCUGAAAAGGUCGUCAUCACAUCUUUCCUUUUUCCUGAGGGUAAAUUUUCAAUGGAGCGACUCCAAGCAAUCCUUACGGCGCUUGGGAAUGACAAGUCCAAAUUAGUACUGGAUUUAAGCUGCCGAAGGAGAGAGAAUACUUGGUUUGUUGCUAUGAAUAGAUGGCAGACGAUUACAGAAAUGGAAAUUAAUAAGGAAACGAUUAGAAUGCUCGAGCCCUACUGCUCUGAGUUUCUGAUCCAUGCCGCUGAUGUCGAGGGGUUGCAGCAAGGAAUCGACGACGAACUGGUAUCAAAAUUGGCGGCAUGGUGCUCCAUCCCAGUGACAUACGCUGGAGGCGGACGAGGUCUAGCAGACCUCGACCGUGUCAAGACAAGCAGUAAGGGAAAGGUCGACCUGACCAUUGGCAGCGCGCUGGAUAUUUUUGGAGGGAGUGGCGUGACAUUUGCAGAGUGUGUGCAAUGGAAUAAGGCCAACGGAGACUAGUAUAAUAUCAGACAGAUAUGCCUUAUAUAGAUAGGUGAAUUGCCAUGCUAUAUCUUUAGCGA